GAAGUCACCGGGGAAAGAAAACUCCGCUGCUCUCUUGACCCAUGUGCCUUCCGAGGAAGACAUUGCUCUGUGACAAAGUUGCUGAAUGGCUAAUCAAGUAUUUGCCCUUAAGUCAAGCAAGUCGUCUGAUAGCCCGCAAUUCAUCAAAGAGCGUUCUUGAUUGCCCUUGCCGAUACUAUGUCAGUCCCAAACAACGCUAUUCAGGAAAUGUUGAGUUUUGUUGUCCCUCGAGUUCAAGCUCAUCAUGCAAAGUGGCAGCAUCAGCAAACAGAAUUCCACCGGCCAUUUCUCCUUGCCUUAUCUGGCUUGCAAGGUAGUGGCAAAUCAACCUAUGCUAGUCAGCUUGCAUUAGCCUUGGAACACGAACACCAUUUUAGGGUCAUUGUUUGUUCCCUCGACGACUUUUAUCAUGAUCACGAUACUUUAGUCAAGAUCAAAAAUCAAAAUCGGGAUAACGGACUACUACAAGUACGAGGACAACCAGGGACACACGAUGAAGCACUUGUGAGCCAGUUUUUUGAGUCGCUCACUGCCGGUAUCGUCAAAAUUCCGGCAUUUGACAAAAGCAGAUUCCAGGGUCAAGGAGAUCGAGUUCCAGAAGAAGACUGGAAGGUUUUUGUUCCGAGUGUGGAUAACGUAUUGGAUAUUGUUAUCUUUGAAGGAUGGUGUAUGGGAUUCAAGUCAUUAGAAAAAGAUGAACUCGAGCAAAAAUGGGAAAGUGCGCAGAAAGAGCCUCAGACGACGAGGUUGAGUGAAGAUGCGACAUUCCCAACAAACACACUUCAAAAUCACCCCCUUCAUAACCUCGAGAUCAUCAAUGAUAACCUUCGUCGGUAUAAUACAACUUUCAUGAACCCAGCAAACUUCGACUCUUUGAUUCACCUUGAUACAGAAGAGCUUGCCAACGUUUACAGGUGGAGAGUAGAGCAGGAGCACAACUUGUGGAAAGUAAAAGGCACUGGAAUGACCGAUGCAAGUGUUAUUCAGUUCGUUCAAGAUUAUAUGCCUGCUUACGAACUAUAUUUGGAGGAGUUGCAAAGAAAGCCAUUCAUUCCACGAGGCAGCGAAACUGCUUCAAGUACGCAGUUGCGUCUAGUAUUAGAUAGAGAUAGAAGCGUUUUAAAGUAUGAAGAAUUAUAAUUAAGUUGUUAUAUUAUUUUUGAUUUAUCGGUUAAUACCUAUUGUGAUAUAGAAGUCUGGUUUUGAGUUUGUAUCACAGGCAGGAAAAUAAACAGGAUUCUAAUUUACUAACUUUGCUCA